AUGUCUCAAAGCCAGCUUUCCGACUUCACAUCGUCACUUUAUAGUGGAGAUAUUGAUGAUCUUCCAUCUCUCUCAACGCAACAAAUCACUCCAUCCGCAAGUCAUCAUACAAUUGAUUCUGGCUUCCACCGGCCAGAUGACCUCCUCGUUCCCCCUUCUUUGAUACGUGUUGGACCUGAUCGCCGGAAUAGGUUUGUUCUCUACGACAAGAUGUCACACAACGAGUUUAUCGACUGGUGGUUACAGACGGACUAUGGGCGGAAAAGAAAGAUCAACUGGGAUUCACAUCGCCACACGGUGAUCUGGAAUAGCUACAACCAGGUUGCUGAGGGUGUAGAUGGCACACCAAAGGUCAUGUGCAAACGCUGUGGAAAGAUUCUUGAGCAUCCUUAUUCCCUGAGUCUGAACAGUUCCGGCAAAGCGCAGUAUCACGGCACAUCAACAAUCCAGAAACAUCUGAAGACAGCUGGGUGCCUACGGUCGGAGAAGGGAAAGAAGGCAGAGAUUACAAAGUUUCUCCAAAAAGAGGUAUGUUUUAGACUGUGA